CCCAGUUCUAACAGCCGCUGAGCGUGCUGGACCCCGAGUACACCAACACCUCGCCAGCCAUGGCGGGCGGCUUCUCGUAUGUCUCGCUAUCGCCACGCGGGAGCCAGCACCACCAGCACCACCAGCGUGCUGGAUCGGCCGACCACGACCGCCGGCAGCCGUCGCCCGUGUCCCAGCACCACGCAGUUUCGCCCGGCGCACCGCCGACCCGCCCCGUCUCGCCGCUCGAGUCCGAGUCCGACACCGCCUCUGCGUAUCUGGGCCGCUCUGUGAGCGUGGUCACGGCUAAGAGUGCGCGUAUCCCGGUCGUCGAGGUCCACCCGGUGAUUGCAGAGGAGCAGGCGUACCAGCAGUACCAGCAUCAGUACCACAAUCAGCAGCACCAGCCAGGCCCGUACGAUGGCAACUUCCAGGACAGCACGGCUGGACCGUACGACGGCACGCAGUACCUUGGCUACGAUCAACAGCCCCUGGACGCGGAUCAUCAGCAGCACCACGAGCAACAGCAAUACUACCCUCCGCAUCCCGCCAGGUACAAUCAAUAUCCCCAAGAACAAGGACCCGGCCAAGCAACACAGUCCAGGAAGCACAACGACGACACGAAGAGGGAAGGUGUCCCCUCGUACCGGAUAUGGUCCGAGUGGAUGUGGGAGAUCAUCACACUAGUCCUCAUGUUCCUGCUGCUCUGGGCGGUCGCGAUCCUGCUGACCAUGUAUAACGGCAAGCCGGUGCCCGACUGGGGCCGCUACAUCAACCUCAACACCGUCCUCGCGCUCCUGUCGACCGUCUUCCGCGCGGGCCUGGUCGUCGUCAUCACGCAGGUCAUCUCGCAGCGGAAAUGGAGCUGGUUCGCGGCCACCGACGACCACCACCACCCAAGCACGAGCAAUCGCAGCAAGCCCCGGUCCCUGGGCCAGCUCCAGAAGUUCGACGACGGGUCGCGCAACUCGUUCAAGGCGGUCUGGCUAUUUGGUGGCGUUCUCAAGGGCCGCGAGCUGGUCGCGCUCCUGGCGGCGCUCGUGUUCCUGCUGUCCUUCCUCGUGGGCCCCUUUGUCCAGCAGGCCAGCCAGACGAUGAGCUGCUCCAUGGUGACGUUCUCGAAGGACCAGGCGUCCGUGCCGAUUGCAAAGUUUGUGCCACGGACGUCGGGAUACAAGAGGGGUUAUCCGGGCUCGAUCGGGGUGCCGACGAGCGACACCAUCGUGGCGCUGCUGUCCAGCGCAACGGUGCCAAAGGGGGUCGAGAACCGAGUCGGGUUUACCUGUAGCACGGGCAACUGCACAUUCGUCAAUGGCGAUCCUGUUCUAGCAGAUACUGGCCCGUCAGCAGAGAGUAAUAACGUCGACAAGAACAGCAGGAAGAACAGCCGCCGGGACACGGCCCAGCCAGCAGCAGCAGCGUCAGACACCUCUGCCGACUCGACCCUCCCCUUCCUCGGCCACACUGUCGACGCGCCGCCCGGGACCACCGCAUACAGCACCAGCUUCCUCUCGACGACGCACUCGACUGUCGGCCUGUGCCGGCUGUGCAGCAACAUCACGUCGGCCGUGCAGACGCGCCGCCCAGUCCCGGGCCAGGGCCAGGGCGCCGGCUCCGGCGUGCUGCUCAACAUGACGGUCAGCACCAACGCCUUUGCGCCCAUCAUCAACAUGACGUCGAGCUGGGUGAGCCCAACUUCGGGCCGGUUCGACAGCAUGGACUGGCUCGAGCCGGCGUACUACGCGCCCGCGACCGCCGCCGGCCGCGCGGCGCGGUACGCCCUGCACAACACGACGCUGCUCAUGAUCACGGACCCCUCGGGCAAGGGUGACCCGGCGAUUCCCACGAGCAUCCACCCGACCGACUACUUUGCCGCGGCGUGCCACCUGUACCCGUGCCUGCGAACGUUCUCGGCCGCCGUGGAAGGGGGCAAGCUCAGAGAGGUCGAGACCCCGGACAGCGUCAACGCCGCGGGCGACGAACUGCUGCGCGCGGAGCGGCAGAUGUGGCCGGGCGUGAUGGGCAACCUGUCGGGCCCGGCCAUCGAGGGCUUGAGCAUGUCGAGCAUGAACUCGAUGUGGCUUCCCCGGGGCGUCUUCUACGCGGCCGUCAAGUCGCCCUGCCGCGUGACGCUGCCGCCCGCUUCGCCGUCCGAGGGCCCCAUCACGGCCGUGUACACGCGGCAGAACAUGUCGACGGCCCCGAACGCGGUCGACAUGGUGCUCUACCAGCCACGCAUCCUCGACGAGCGGUUGCAACCGGUCGCCGUCGCCAGUGACAACAACAACAACAACGACGACGACAACGCCACCCCCUCGGAGCCAGACUACCACUGGGCCCAGUACCGCGUGCCCGAGGAGUGCAUCUACCGGCACGACGUGCAGUUUCACAUGGCCAUCGGCAAGGUGAUCCAGGACAGCAUCCUCAAGGGGUCUUGCAAGAACGACCCGCGCACGGGGCCCGCGUGCUCGGCGCCCAUCAACGUCAUCGAGAGCGCCCUCGAGGCCCUCUACAACAGCGGCAUGGCCAGCAUGCGCACCGUCGACGGCUGGUUCGCCGACUUUGCCGACGCCCUGACCGCCCGGUACCGCUUCCAGUUCGGUGCCGGGGCAUACAACGCCACCACCGACAACGCCGUCAUGCCCAUCGGCGAGCUCACCGGCGAGGUGUGGCUCACGGGCGUGUGCAUCGCCGCCGAGCUCAAGUGGCUCGCGUUCCCGGCGGCGCUGUUUGUCGUCACGGCCGGGUUGCUGGCCUGGACGGUGCUCGGGACGUGGAGGCAGCGGCAUCACCGCCCCGUGUGGAAGGACAGCGUGCUGCCGAUGCUGUUCUACAAUGCCAAAUUUAGGGUGCAAGAUGGCAGCGGGGAGCCGUAUGGGCUGGUCAAGGGAGGACGGGCUGGAGGAGGAGGCGGAGAAGAAGAAGAAGACAAAAGUCCUGUAGCAGGGGUCGAUGACUAUCAUCGGGCAGCAACCGAGAUGCAGAACAGCUUGCUCGAGGCCAAGGAGAUGCAGCGCAUCGCGGACCAGACCAUGGUGACGUUUGACUGGCCUGGCAGCUCGAACCGGAAUGGAAUCGAGGGCGGUGGGUUGAGCACAAGCACGGGCACGCACUAUGAUCCGCAUAGCUAUGGUUCUGUCGCAAACAACAAUGGGCAGCAGGACGGCAAGGAUGUUCCACGGCCUCGAAGGCCGUUCUUUAGGAUGCCUUGGCAGCAGCGGCUGAGUGCCGACUCGCUGCUGGAUCAGCAUGGCCAUCGGUAGCAUCUGUAGUCAGGCUCAAUUGAAAGAAAAUGAAACAUUGUCCACGAACAAA